CAAGAUAGCAUAAAGCUAUGAACGAACUUAAAAAGUACUUCACCUUUGGAGGGGGUGAAACCCGAGAGUUAACCUGUUUCAAAGCUGCUGAUAGGUUUGUGAAGAAUGAUCUAUCCAAGAACGUGGAAUCAGAGAAUGUACGGUUCCCGGAGCAUAUAAUCCGGCUUGGGACUACCCCUGAGGGUCCUAAACUGUCGCCACAAGAGCUAAAAGCUAUGGCUGACAACAUGACUGAUCCAAAAGAAAAAGGAAACUUAAAACAAUGGAUCGGACAUCGUAGAGGAGCUGAAUGUGAGAGAUUAGUUUGGGAUUAUCUGAUGAGAACCCCGGAGAGUGUACGGUCUUCCCUUUUCUAUGGAUUUAAGAGAGAGAUGUUUCUCCGGUUUACUACGAACGACCCCACGCACAACAAACAAAAGGAAUAUGAUUUUAUUCUCAUGCUUCCUGAGUACAAGCUGAUGCUCUUCUUAGAGGUUAAAGCAGAUCCCGGAGGAAACUCUAAAUCAUGGGAAGAGCAAAUGAGGAAAGCUAAAAAUGACCUGUUCAAAGAGCUUCUGGAGUAUGUGGGGGAAGACACGAACACUACUGAGUGGACUUUUCUUCCUGUGGGAGUUUAUCCU